UAUUGAAGUCAAAAAUGACAAAAAAAUGCGAAAUCAUACAUGUAAGAAGGGAGUAGAAGGACAAUUGAGGUCUUUGAUUUUCACUGCUUUCCCACGAAUUUAGUGAAAAUUCCAUUGAAAGCUUCAACUAAGAUGUGCUUGCUUCUUUUCUACUCUACUUUGCUGCUCAUUGUUGCAGCAGUAGAGGGACAAUUUGUAUUUCCAUGAAUUUAAUGAAAAAUCCAUUGAAAGCUUCAACUAAGAUGUGCUUGCUCCUCUUCAACUCUUCUUUGCUGCUCAUCUUCGCAGUACUAUUCUCCAUAGCUGAUGACGCCACGAGUACAUUUCAGUCCAUUAGAGACGGUGAGACUGUAGUUUCAACUGGCGCAACGUUUGAGCUAGGAUUUUGCAGUCCUGAUGCUUCUAAUAAACGGUACGUGGGGAUAUGGUACAAGAAGAUUUCUGUUAAAACCAUUGUAUGGGUUGCCAACAGAGAAACACCCCUCACUGAUUUGUCUGGCGUCCUGAAGGUCACCAACCCCGGAAUUCUUGUCCUCAACCACAACAUGAGCACAAUUUGGUCCUCAAACACAUCGAGAACUGCACAUAAUCCAGUGGCACGUCUUUUGGAUUCGGGUAAUCUUGUCGUGAUAGAUAGGAGUGAUGAUGACCCUGAGAACUUUUUGUGGCAAAGUUUUGAUUACCCUGGCAAUACAAUCUUACCAGGUGCGAAGCUUGGUAGGAACACAGUUACAGGCUUCAAUUGGUAUCUUAGAUCAUGGAAAAGUCCUCAGGAUCCUUCUCAAGGUAAUUAUACAUAUCAAUUUGGUCCCAAAGGAUAUGCAGAAAUGUUUCUGAGGGAAGGUUCGGUCAUAAAAUUUCGGAGUGGACCAUGGAAUGGAAUCCGGUUCAGUGGAAUGCCUCAGUUAAAUCCAAACUCUCUAUACACAUACGGUCUUGUUUUUGAGCCUGAUGAAAUGUACUACAGUUACGAGCCUCGCAACAGCUCAAUCCUUUCGAACUUGGUGUUAACUUCAGAUGGACUUGCGCAGCGCUAUACAUGGAUUGAUAGAACCAAAGAUUGGUUUGUUUACCUAACAGUCCAGAUUGAUGACUGUGACAACUAUGCAUUAUGUGGUGUAUAUGGCUCAUGUAACAUUGAAAAGUCCCCGGUAUGUAGCUGUUUGAAAGGAUUUACACCAAAGUUUCCAAAAGAAUGGGAUGUGGUGGAUUGGUCAAAUGGCUGUGUGAGAAAGACUUCUCUAAAUUGCACCGGAGAUGCGUUCCAAAAGUACUCGGGGUUGAAAUUGCCUAGCACAGAACUAUCCUGGCUUAACAGAAGUAUGAACCUCAAAGAAUGUGAGAUGGUGUGCAUGAAGAACUGCUCCUGCACGGCAUAUACAAAUUUGGAUAUCCGAGAUGGAGGAAGCGGGUGCUUGCUGUGGUACGGCGAUCUAAUUGAUAUAAGAUACUUUGCUGAAAAAGGGCAAGAUAUUUAUAUAAGAAUGGCCUCAUCGGAACUAGAUGAUGAAAACAAUACAAAGAUCAACGCUAAAUACUCUGAUUCCAAUGCGAAGAAAAUGAGAAUCAUAAUAAGCACUACUGUGUUGUCUACCGGACUGCUGAUCAUGGGCCUGGUCCUGCUGUUUUAUGUUUGGAAGAAGCAGCACCAGAAAGGUGGAAAACUAGGACGCAGCCAAAAGGAGGAUUUGGAAUUACCGUUAUUUGAUUUGAUGACUGUAGUUUCUGCAACCGGUAACUUUUCAAUUGAAAACAAACUUGGUGAAGGCGGUUUCGGAUCUGUCUUUAAGGGUACAAUGAAAGAUGGACAAGAAAUCGCAGUGAAAAGGCUUUCAAAAAGUUCUCACCAAGGACUUGACGAGUUCAAGAAUGAAGUUACACAUAUUGCCAAACUUCAGCAUAGGAAUCUAGUGAAGCUUCUUGGAUACUGCAUUCAAGAAGACGAGAUGAUGCUGAUCUACGAGUUCAUGCCUAACAAGAGCUUAGACUUCUUUAUUUUUGAUCAAAGAAGAAGGAUGUUAUUAGACUGGCCAAAGCGCUUUGAAAUUAUUAAUGGGAUAGCUCGAGGGAUCCUCUAUCUUCAUCAAGAUUCUAGACUGAGAGUUAUCCAUAGAGAUCUCAAAGCAAGUAACAUUUUGUUAGGCAGUGAAUUUAACCCGAAAAUCUCAGACUUUGGCCUGGCUAGAAGCUUUGGAGGAAAUGAAACGAAGGCAAAAACAAAGAAAGUGGUCGGAACAUACGGUUAUAUGUCCCCAGAAUAUGCAAUUGAUGGUUUCUACUCUAUAAAGUCCGACGUUUAUAGCUUUGGUGUUUUGGUACUAGAGAUAGUGAGUGGGAGCAGAAAUAGAGGAUUCUCUCAUCCAGACCACAAACUCAACCUUCUUGGACAUGCAUGGAUGCUACACACAGAAGGCAGGCCUCUCGAACUACUUGAUACAUUGGUAGAGGACUCCAUCACUUUGCAUGAAGUUGUACGAACGAUUCAUGUGGGUCUUUUGUGCGUGCAGCGGAAUCCAGAAGACAGGCCGAGCAUGUCAGCUGCAGUUCUAAUGUUGGGUGGUGAAGGUGCAUUGCCCCCACCUCUAAAACCUGGUUUCUAUAGUGAAAGGGAUUUGACUGAACUCGAAGCCAGUCAUUCUUCUAAAGCAUGCUCAGCUAAUGAAGUCACUAUAUCACUACUUGAGGCUCGAUAAAAUAUUGGAAAUGAUUUUCGCAUACAUCUGUCUUUAUUUUGUCUCUUGAUUUUCCUUUAACUUCUUCAAUUGGAAGACAAUGUUAUAUAAGUCAUUGUCACAUAGCGACACUCUUUAGGCCGAUUCACAAAAAUUUGUGAAUAUGAUCAGAAUUGUCAUAUUAUAAAUUGAUUUGUAAAGAUAAUAUUUCAACCAAAAAAAGAAAAAACAAUCAAUAAAAUAUGAUAUUGUUUA